CAUAACAUGAAGUUGCCGCUUGAAGUGUGUAGCAAGUGGGAUACGUGUAUCUCGUUUAUUUAAACUCAAUGUUUUCUGUAACGAUUCGUUUUGGAAAAUGAUAGCAAUAAAGGUUUUAUUUUUGUUAUGGAUGUCUCUCGGUUUGAAUUGCAGGAUUACCUGGAGAAAACAAAGGCAAUGCAAUAAAGCCGGUCAGAUACUUGAAAAUGGCUCCUUCGAAACGUUGAAUAAAACGCAACGAAAAUAUGUGUGCCAGGCAGAUUUUGUUAGUAAUAUACCAGACUUGGAGCAACUUACCUUUAACUGCGAUGUCGAAAAGAAUAAUAAAAGAAGAUACGUAUGGAGAGCUUUGUUUACUGGUGGUCUCUUAUAUCUACGCAAUGUGACAUGCGAAUCAAAGACAAAAUGUUCAGAUCCACCAUGGCCAAAGGAUAUGACAAGAGAAGUAACGACAAGAUACGUUAUGCCUGUCCCGAUCAAUAAUGAUACGAAAGCCAUAAACGAUUUCUACACUGGUGAUACAGUAAAGUACAGCUGUAAAACCGGUUUUAUAUUGUUUAAUGACCAUGACACAUCGUCGUUUUCUAACGGAGGAGACUUUGAUGAUUAUAACCGCAAGUAUGAAAAAUCGCCGCCAUCAUCAAGAAUAACUGCACCACCUGAUACUUCAUCAGGGUUUACAAAUAUCAUUUGCGACGCGAAGGGCUUUUGGAAUGGCUUUCCAGAAUCUCAAUUGUAUUUUGGUGAAUGUCAAGCAAUACAAUGCAAUGCUACCAUGUUUGAUGACAUAAGUAAUGGAAAUAUUUCAAACUUGAAAGCAACCUAUGAAUUUCUUGAAGAAAUGAAACUGGAAUGCGAAGACGGAUAUCGGCACAAGGGUGGCGUUAAAUCUGCUAUUUGCAUGUCACCAUCUAGUUUCAGCAAUCUCUUCCUUGGUGACUUUGGCUGCGAACGUAUACAGUGUAUUGAGCCGCAAAGCCCUGGAAACGGAUAUCUAAAAAUUGAUCACAUUUACGUGAAUGGAACGGUGAGUUACGAAUGCGAACCUGGUUACGAGUUGAUAGGAUACUCGAAGUGGAAAUGUCAGUCGAACGGAAAAUGGGAUCAUGAUUGUGUAAAAUGUGCACAUGAAGAUGCAUACUGCCCACCUCCAUGUUUGCCACCUGGAGCUAUAACUAAAACCUCUUCGGGAAUAUAUCAGAUUGGCGACGUACUUGACUUCACAUGUAAGUCUGGAAAAUACUACGGAGGAUCUACAAACCGGACAUGCAUGAAAAAUAGGUACUGGAGCGGUACCCCUAUAGAUUGCACAGGGACAUCUAUGGUUGAUUCUAGAGUAGGAAUAGAGUUGGUUUCGGCUUUGAAACAGAUUUCGAAAAAUAGAACUAUAUCCGAUACGGUCAAUUCAAAGACAAUAAAUGUCUGGAACACAAAAGGUGUAGACCUGUAUCUGCUUGUUGAUAUAUCAAAAGUUUCUACACUGGAGCAUAUGAACACAACUUUAUCUUUUGUUUAUGCAUUACUUCCAGAGCUUGGUAUAAAUGAUGGUGAUACUGGUACAAGGCUAGCGCUGAUAUUCUUUGCCACCAAUUCGUGUUGGAUGUUUGAUCAGCAUUACAAAUCAGAUGAUUCAGAGGGGCCUUUUAAAUCUUACGAGGACGUAAUUAAAGAAUUGAAACUUUAUAACAAUAAAAGUGAACUGCAAAAAAUAAAACAGAUCACAAGUGAUGGGACUGAUAUUGCAGCUGCAUUGAAUGACGUAUAUGACCAAAUAAAGACGAAACGAAAGAAACCGGGCCGAAAAUCCCAACAAGUUUUGAUAGUUAUCAGUGACGGAAGAUUAACAACUACGGAUGAUCCAACUGAUUCGGCUUCAAAACUGAAAGACGACUUUGAUGUGGAAAUAUAUUCAAUUGUAAUUGGGAGCCUUACUGAUACUAAAGGCUUAGAAACGAUGAGGAAUCUAGCUUCACACAUUGAAAACGAACAGCAUUUCUUUAAAAUCAGUACAGAUGAGUCUAACUUUAAACGAAUCAUGAGCAGUAUGAUAAACAGAGAUAGUUUAAACGUAUCUUGUGGAUCAACAAACCCAAAUUUAACAUGCAUAUCAAAUGCAUCAGAAAACAGAUUUGAAGUUAACGCCAAAAAGAAUGCUUGGCCAUGGAUGGCAGACCUUCGAACAUUGCACAGCCACGAAUGCGGGGGCUCUGUGUUAAAGGACCAGUGGAUCCUUACGGCUGCUCAUUGCUUCGAUUACAAACAUAUUACAAAAGUUCACUUGGGAAAGACAAAUCUUAAUGGAUUAAGAGAUGGAAAUGGGGACGAGUACAUUAUAUCAACGAUACACAAACACGAACGUUACAAUAAAGGAAGCCAUAAAUAUGAUAUUGCAUUAGUAAGACUCAGUCAAAAGAUAAACCGGAAGCUCGAAGUGCUGCCAGUUUGUUUAUGGGACAAAACCAUUCAAAGCGAAACUACAGGAGUCACUUAUACAAAACUGUUUAAUAAAACAUACGGUGUUGUCACUGGAUGGGGAAAAACAAACACGUUAUCGAAGACGAAACUUGCAGAAACAUUGAAGCAAAUGCAAAUGGAAGUGAAAUCAUCAAAGGAAUGUCUUGAAAAGUUGACGUCUCAAGAGAAGGCUCAUGUCAGCCCUGGUCUUAUGUUCUGCGCCGGGGGAGAGGAAAUUGUAGAUGGUAAGAAUCAAAUCAUUGACGCAUGCGAAGGCGAUAGUGGCGGUCCUUUUGUUGUUCGGCAUCCUCUGGAUGAACGCAAAUUUAUUCAGACCGGGAUAGUUUCAUUUGGGUUCGGAUGCAAGCAAAGUGGAAAAUAUGGAUUCUACACCAAGCUCACAGAAGAACUUCUAGACUGGAUAAAUGAUACAAUAGAGAAAAAAGAAAAGGAGAAAGAAGAAAAGAAGAAAGAAGAAAAGGAGAAAGAAGAAAAGAAAAAAGAAGAAAAGGAGAAAGAAGAAAAGAAAAAAGAUGAAAAGAAAGAUUCAACCACAGUAAGUGUGAUUACGUUCCCAGAUGUGACCAAAUUUGAAUUAGGAAGAUGCGAUACAAGUGUGUCUAAAGAAUCAUGCCUUUGGACCGAUGACCCAGACAGUUGUAAACCGGCUAAUUUCAAAAUUUCCAGUGGUACGUUAUUACAAGUGGGAUGUAGAACGGGAUACACACUUUACCAUUCGGAAGAUGGUGUCGCUGCUGAGGUUAACGGGGCAGUAUCUGUUGCCUGCAGACGAGGCUCAUAUAAUUCCAUAGAAUUGUAUAAAUGUAUUCCAGAUGAGCUUGUGACUGUACUUAGUAGACAGGGAGAAAGAUUCCCAGGAGAGUUGGACAGAGUGACAUGUAGAUUUUCUAUUGAGAAAUCUUAUUUUUGUACGGACCCAUGCUUAAUUCCAGAGAUACCGUUCGGAUUUGCGAAGGAAACACGAUCUGGAGAGAUUGUACAAUUUGAAAUCGGCCAUAACAAAAGUAUUUCUGUCAAAUGUGACAGAGGAUAUACCAUAUUAAAUCAAAUGACAACUAGAUGUCGAAACGGAGAAUUUGAUGUCGACAAAUUUCCAGUAUGUACACCAAAUCCCUGCGAAUUUGUUGUCAACGACGGAAUGAUGGUUUUCAGCAUUUACUCGUUGCGUUCUAUUGAGAAAGGACAUCAUACAUUUUUAAAUGGAACAAUUCUUGAAAUGAAUUGCAAACGUGGCUACAAACUGUUGGAUAAAAUGUCUGGCGAUGUUAUUAGACCAGGAACGCUUUCAACUUGCGUGUUAGGCAACUGGACAAACUCUUUCCAAUGUGUUCCAAAAGGUUGUAAAGUACCUGAAUUUGAACAUGUAUUGCCGGUAGAGAAACAGGUUUAUGCACAUGCGCAAAAGGUAACCUUUAAAUGCGAAGAUGGAUUUCACUUCUUUGAGUCUAUGAAUUCUAUUGAAAGUACGUGUGACCUAGGGAUGUGGUCAAAUUUAAUUACGAUCAAAUGCACACCUGAUCCAUGCGAACUUGUGAUCCUCGAGGGAACUUCAUACAUUAUUGACUUUAAAAUUCACACCGGAAAUGACGGAGCAGUAAAUAGUUUUCCCAAUGGUACAAGCGCUCAAGUAGUAUGCAAAAACGGAUUCAAGAUGGCUGACAUGAAUAUCACUAUCGCAGACGACGAAAGAAGAUAUUCGACAUGUAUUAAAGGUCACUGGACCCAUGAGUAUCACUGUAUCCCAG